CACCGGUAAGACUCUGAGGUGGAGUUACCAUCAUGGCUGCCACGGUAGUGAAGCUGGCGGUGAUACCAGCAGCAAUGGGAUUGGCCUCAUUUCGAGUUUAUGCCAUGAGUCAGUACAAAACAGAGACUGUGCUGCUCUCCCCUAGAGAGUUGUCCAUCUAUGCUCCAGACCCUCCAGCAACGCACUACAUGAAUGAGCAGCCUGGAGCUCUGCAGAACGGGCUGGGUGUGGUCCGGGUGGGGCUGCAACCAUACGUUACUGCUGUUAAGAAUGCUUAUACCUCUGUCAAGGUCGGAGCUGUAACAGUCUAUACUGCUGGACACGAUACAUAUGAGUUCCUGAGAGAUCCUUCUCCUGGUUUUAUGCCGAGGGUCGGUGUAAUCACAGUCUCUGGGUUAGCGGGUCUGAUCCUGGCAAGGAAAGGGUCACGUCUGAUGAGGCUGGGGGUUCCACUGGGUAUGGCCACUGUAGGCACUUCCGUGUGCUACCCCACUCAGACAGUGGGUGUUGUAAAGAUCACGGGGCAGAAGAUGUAUGCAGCAAGCCAGUACACUACAUCUAUGGCAUCCAUAUUUAAAUCAAAGCCCAAAGAAGUGACCCCCCCAACUGUCAGUCUUGAGCAAGCCCCCCAAGCUACCAUCCCUGAGCCAGACGUAUCAGAGGCAAAGCCCCUCCCUGAAGCUGAAUCAUCUGAACCAGCCACGCCUGCUGUUGACAAGGUUUCCCCCACUGAACCUAGUUCUGCCUCAGGCCCCGUAGAGGGUGCUCCAUCUGUGGUUGAACCUGCCCCUCAGUCCACCACAGAGGUGGCCCCUGCAGAGGGUUCUAUUGACACUGAGCCUGCUACAGCUGAACCUGGGGCAGUCACAGUGGUGGAGCAAGAGGCUGUUCAGACGGCCCUUGUGCCUGCCCCUGCACCUCCUGUUGAGGAACCUGCUGAAGAGAUUCCUGCACCUGCCCCUGUUGAGGCUGUCCCUGUAUCUCCCCCAGCAGCGGAAGUUAUUCCUCUCCCACCUCCUGCUGAAGAGACAGAGCUUCCACCCCUUGCACCUGUUGAGGAGGAAGCUGCUCCUUCACCCCCUGCACCUGUUGAGGAGGAUGCUGCUCCUUCACCCCAUGCACCUGUUGAGGAGGAGGAUGCUGCUCCUUCACCCCCUGCACCUGUUGAGGAGGAUGCUGCUCCUUCACCCCCUGCAGCAGAAGAGUCUGCCCCUGCACCUAUAGAGGGGGUUGUUGACCCACCUCCUGUAGCUGAAAAGACUGCACCUGCUCCUGUUGACGAUGCUACUCCUCCAGCUACAACAGAGGAGCCAUCUGGGAUUGUAACAAAAACUGCUGGGAAACCCAAAUUUGCACCAGACCCUAAGUUAAUUGACCUUGGCCAGGCCAGCCCUGAGGAUGCGGACCUGUACAGCACCCGUGGAUGAAGAAUGACAGGAGGAGAAGGUGGGGGAUAUGUGGGAGGGAGGGGAAGGUUAAGGGUAAUCUCCAGAAAUUAAAAAAUAAUAAAGCAACACUUUUUUUAGGUGCCUAUUUCUCUCUUUACCUCAGUGAUGGGGAACAGUUAGUCCUAUACAGGCUGUGUCCCGAUUAUCCACCCUUCUCCCCAAGUGUGCAGUUGCAUACUACCGGUCAUGGAUUUAACUAUUUGUAUCCAUGUCAGGGAGGAGGAUUGAGAAUCAGGUUGCAGCCAUAGUGUGUUGGAAUUUUGACCUCUGGAGUCAUCUGUUUCCUUGCAUGGUCUGCAGUUUACAUGUAAACACCCACAGGGAACAGGGUGCAGGUCAUCAUCUGCAUCCACAGGCACAAACGGACAUCUUUACACCCUACUUCCAGAGCCACUACACAAGGUUUACUUACCAAUACUUACUCAGUGGUCAGUUCAUUAGGUACACUCUAGUACUGGGUCGGACAACCCUUUAUCUCCAGAACAGCCUGAAUUGUUCGGGGUGUGGACACGUUGCUCAGUUGGUAUCAAGGGACCUAACGUGUGCCAGGAAAACAUUCCCCACUCCAUUACACCACCGCCGACACCAGGCAGGUUGGGGCCAUAGACUCAUGCUGUUUGCGCCAAAUCCUGACUCUGCCAUCAGCAUGACGUGACAGGAACCGGGAUUCGCAGGACCAGGCAAUGUUUUUCCGCUCUUCAAUUGUCCAGUGUUGGUGAUCGCGUGCUCACUGGAGCCGCUUCUUAUUAGCUGAGAUGGGUAGAACCCGGUGUGGUUGUCUGCUGUAAUAGCCCAUCUGUGACCAAGACUGACGAGUUGUGCGUUCCGAGAUGCAGUUCUGCACACCACUGUUGUACGUUGUCGUUAUUUGCCUGUUUGUGGCCCGCCUGGUAGCUUGCACGAUUCAUGCCAUUCUCCUUCAACCUCUCAUCAACGAGCUGUUUUCACCCACAGGACUGAUGUGGGUGAUGUUUUUUGUUUGUCGCAACAUUCUCGGUAAACCUUAGACACUGUAAUUUGUGAAAAGCCCAGGAGAUAGGCUGUUUCUGAGAUAUUAGAAUCAUACCAUGCUCAAAGUCGCUUCGGUCACUCGUUUUGCCCAUUCUAACGUUCAAUCGAACAGUAACUGAGCGCUUCACUGCCUGUUUUAUAUAGCGAGCCAUGGCCACGCAGUCUUGUCUGUAAGAGCGGACCAUUUUUGUGAACUGGAUGGUGUACCUAAUAAACUGGUCACCGAAUAGAUUUAUUUGUGGAGCUCGUUAACACUGUUAUACUGUGAAAGAAGUUACUCAAACAAAUUCCGUUACUAACCAAACUGGACCAUUUAUACAAUAAGAAUUCCUAAUAGGCUUCUUUAUUUUUUUACUAGGGACUUGUCAUUUACUUAGUUCACUGCUACGCUGUCGCUUUUUCUGUCUUGCGAAUUUACCUUCUCCUAUUAGUCAGGUCAGUCUAUGCAAAUAUUUUCCAUGUGGCAUUUUGUCAAGUGAGCUGUUUUAAAACGCAUUCCUGUUUUUAUAGCAUUUGUAAGACCUUAUAUCACCGUAGAACUGGAGUUGAACCUUUUUUAAUUUCUAAAAACCCAACGUAUAUGGAUGUGUGCAGUUCUUGCGCAAGAUGGACACUUCCCAACAUGCCCACAUACUAGAGGCACCUGGAGGACAUGUUAUGGACUGACUGGUUUGAUACACUACAAGGCCAAAAGUGGAUUUGGCUAUUUCAGCCACACCGGUUGUUGACAGGUGUAUAAAAUUGAGCACACAGCCGUGCAAUCUCCAUAGCCAAACAUUGGCAGUAGAAUGGCCUUACUUAAGAGCUCAGUGACUUUCAAAAUAGCACCCUCAUAGCAUGCCACCUUUCCAACAAGUCAGUUCGUCAAAUCAAUGCCAUGCUAGAGCUGCCCCGGUCAACUGUAAGUACCUGUUAUUGUGAAGUGGAAAUGUCUAGGAGCAACAACGUCUCAGCCGCCAAGUGGUAGGCCACACAAGCUCAGAGAACAGGACCGCCGAGUGCUGAAGCGCAUAGCCCGUAAUAAUCACCUUUCCUUGGGUUGCAACACUCCCGACCGGGUUCCAAACUGCCUCUGGAAGUAACAUCAGCACAAGAACUGUUAGUUGGGAGCUUAAUGAAAUGGGUUUCCAUGGCUGAGCAGCUGUAUACAUGCGCAAUGCCAGCGUCGGCUGGAGUGGUGUAAAGCUUGCCUCCAUUGAACUCUGGAGCAGGACCACCACUUGGCGGCUGAGACGUUGUUGCUCCUAGACAUUUCCACUUCACAAUAACAGCACUUACAGUUGACCGGGGCAGCUCUAGCAUGGCAGAGAUUUGACAUUCUCAAGAGUGAUCUUGCAGUCCCACGGACACAUUUGGAUUUGGCGAAUGCCAGGAGAACGCUACCUGCCCCGAUGCAUAGUGCCAACUGUAAAGUUUGGCAGAGGAGGAAUAAUGGUCUCGGGCUGUUUUUUAUGGUUCGGGCAAGGCCCCUUAGCUCCAGUGAAAAAUCUUAAUGCUCCAACAUACAAUGACAUUCUAGACAAUUCUGUGCCUCCAAAUUUGUGGCAACAGUUUGGGGAAGGCCCUUUCCUGUUUCAGCAUGACAAUUCCCCCGUGCACAAAGCGAGAUCCAUACAGAAAUAGUUUGUUGAGAUCGGUGUGGAAGAACUUGACUGGCCUGCACAGAGCCCUGACUUCAACCACGUCGAACACCUUUGGGAUGAAUUGGAAUGCAGGCUGUGAGCCAGGCCUAGUUGCCCAACAUCUUGUGGCUGAAUGGAAGCAAGUCCCUGCAUCAAUUUUCCAACAUUGAGUGGAAAGCCUUCCCAGAAGAGUGUAGGCUGUUUUGGCUGCAAAGGGGACCAACUCAAUAUGAAUGAUUUUGGAAUGAGAUGUUCGACAAGCAGGUGUCCGCAUACUUUUGGUCAUGUAGUGUAUGUGUGUUGGAAUCAUUUGAAUGAUGUCCUAGUACUUGAUGUCAGUUUGAAAAUGUAAAAAAAAAAAAAAAAAAUUUUUUUUAAAGAGCUAUCAAUGUAAUUUCAUAUUUUUUUGGUAUUUUACAGAUAGGAGAACAUAUUUGACAAUUUAACAUGUUUUAACACUUCCCUGAAUUCAGCUGUUGGAUAUCAAUCUUCACCAUGAUAAAGUUUUAUUUUGCUCAUUAGAAUAAUCAAUAUGGAAUAAAGGCAGUUUUCUCGA